AUGGAAAUAUUUGCCAAUGAUCCUUUCCUGGAGGAAGGGAUGUGCAAUGCACCCAUAGGGACAUUUGACAAGCACUACAGACUUUCUAGGAACUUCAUUGCAGACCUUGUGCAUCUGGGGCCCAUUCUUGUAUCUGUUGCUGUUGAAAAGGAUUUUUCAAGAGCAUUGGUAAGGUCUGUUCUGGGGUUCAAGGAGUACAGGUUUUACAGUAAGCAUAUUGAAGAGUGUCCAUAUUUUUUCACUGUGAGAAAUAGCCUUUCCAGGUAUUUUGUAGAUACCAUCGACAAUUGGAGACAUGUAGAGAUUGCUCCAGAGCAGAGGGAGUCUUCUUUGAUGGGAAUUUUGGGGUCGAUCUUUUCAUUUGGGGCCUGGCCGUUGAGAGAUGAGUCUGGGGGAGGAAGGAAAAAGAUGUAUGAUGCAAUCUCCUCUGGAAUGAUGGGAUGCCCAGAAAGGUAUUCUGCCAAGGAGAUAAUGAAUAAGAUGGCAGAGGUGAGGGUGGAGUAUGCCAGGGGCGUAGAUAAUGAAUUCUAUACGAAACCAAUUUAUGUCGAUUUGGUUUGUGAGAGCAGCAAGAGGAUUCCGCGGGAGAUGCUUGGGAAGAGGUUUAUUGAUCCUGAGGACACCCUUUCUGUAUCCUCGGAUGAUUUAGAAGACAUAAAGUCCCCCACCCACUCUGGAGAGAAAAGACUACGGCAGGCACUCCUCGGAUUUCUUUUCAAUGAAGUUGAAUACUUUUGCCAGGUGAACGGGUUCUACCUGGAUAUUGUCUCCAAAGCACGGAAAUCCGAGAUAAACUUUGAGGAUGUGUUCAAAGGGUUCUACAAGGUUCACAGCUUCGAGGCUGGAUUUAUAGAAUCAAUGAGAGAUAUAGUGGAAGAAGCAGGGUUUAAGAUGGAUAGAAUCCUUUCUGAUCCCCAAUACUUUGCAGAUACAAUGAGGGAUAAUGGGGUUGGAGAGAUUAAAAUGGAUGACGAAGAGAUUCUGGAGAAGGUCCUGGACUCAUUUGAAAGGCAUCUCAACGGAUUCCGAUGCUAUGAAGAUAUGAUGUUAUUCCAUGAAGAAUAUAUUGAAACCUUGGAGAAGGUCAGGAGUUACGACUGGGCACCGGACUACAGGGUUGUAAACGAUUGCUUCUGCAACUGUCUGCAGCGAAUUGUGAGGUAUCCAAUUCUUAUUGAUGACAUUCUUCAGAACCUCACCUUCUCUCUGCAUGAGAAGAGAGUAAAGAAGAUCUAUGCAAAAAUGACCAAGCUCAUCAACAUAAUCGACAAGAAGAAAGAAAGACAUGACAAUAUCCGAUGCGAGCAGCUGAUCAGGGAAAAGGUUGAGGAGAUUCCUGGGGAGGUGGCUGAAAGAAAAGCGAACUUUCUUUUUCAAUUGAAUUGCGAGGAUUCGAAUGGAGAUCCUAUUGCAUUGUUCUUGUUCCGUGAAAUGGUUAUUAUUGCAGAUAGAGAAGGCCCUUCCUUACCUAUCCAGGACCCUAGGUGUGGAAGGUACUUUUUCCGGCAUUCCCUGAGGCUAGAGGAUAUAGAAAUAGUUUCUUUUGGAACAACUGGGAUAAAGAUAAUUGGGAAGGGAAGUCUGAAAGGAAACGAGAUGUACGAGAUGAAAGAGGUUUAUAGUGACGUCUCUAUUGGAGUGAUGUACUUUUCAAAAGGAUCUCCUCAUUCUGUGAAAUGGUUCAUCGAGGAGUACCACAAAGCGGGAACCGACUCUGGAAAUGGAUUGUAUGCAUCGGGAAAUGUGUUUUUCAGAGUUCUCAAGGACUCCGAAGAAGGAGGCCAAGAAAGAAAAAGAGAUUUGAUAAUAUAUGUAGGAGAUGUAGGAUUGGAUAUAUCUUCAGAUUCCAAUUCCGCACACCUUGAUCUUGAAAAUGGAGCUUUCACAACAAAGGGACAAAGUAUUCAACACUCCAUAAACUACGGAAAAGACGAGAUAAAGCAAAAGUUUGGAGAGAUUGUAGGAAAUGGGGUCAGAGCCAGGAAAGCAUGGAUGGCCUCAAAAGAUACACCUGGGAAAUGUCCUGAGCUGUUUGCCAUGUACAGGAUAAAGCUUAGGGAGAUUGUAGAGGAAUGUGGGGACUCUUCAGUUGUUGAAUUCAAUGGAAGAUUUUCCAAAUGCAAUUCAUCCACCAUAACCCGGAAGAUUCGUGUAGCAGAAGGGAUCAUAAGAUAUCUAUCAAGAUCUUUGCCAUAUGUAGGAUGCAGAAGCUCUGGUGGAAAAUAUCUUUUUUCUAGUGCAGGGCUAGAUAGAAGCAGACUUAAAGAAGAAGAGAUGGUGAACUUCCUAGAAAAGGCCCUAAGCACAGAGGAACUAGAAGAUUACGCCUUUUCCGAAUACAAUGCAGAAGACAUCCUAUACCUGCUGAUGUAUUUCAUACGUACAAGCAUGUACACGUUCUUUAGAAUAGAAGACAUAGAAACAUUGCACAGAACACUGUUUGUAGAUAAAAUUCAUUUUCUAGGAGCAGUUGUUCCAAAGAUGAGCAAUCCUUCAUUUGUCUCGUCCCUUUUCGAAACCAUAGUCACAGCCCGAGACAAGCUUUGUAUUGUGCCAACGCUGGAUAUGUUUCUAGUUAUGUUUUCCCCAUUCCAGGUGUCCGAGCAGGAAAUGGCCGAAAUUGUGACUAAGAUUUGCUGGUGA